GUUCACCGCCCGGUUCUGGCAGGCCCUGUUUCGGGCCCUGAACGUCCAGAUCCACUUGUCCUCCGCCCACCACCCACAAUCAGAUGGACAAACAGAACGUACCAACGCCACCGUCGAACAAUACCUGCGGUGUUACACCUGCUUCCAACAGGACAAUUGGGUGGAUCUGUUACCGCUGGCGGAGUUCGCGUAUAAUAACUCCGUGCAUGCCUCCACGCGCCAGACCCCGUUCUUUGCCUCUUACGGCUACCACCCCCGAUUCUUCCCCUCAGUACGACCCCCGUCGCCGGUCCCCGCUGCGGAUGUCAUGCUGCAGGAGUUGCAAGCCCUGCAGGCAGUCCUGAAGGAGCAGCUGGAGCAGGCCAAGAACACGUAUAAGCGCUUUGCUGACCACCACCGCCAACCAGGCCCGCCGCUGAAGGUAGGCGACCGGGUAUGGCUCUCGACCAAAUUCCUGCGUUCGCAAUGGCCGUCUCACAAGCUUGAGGCUCGGAAUGCAGGUCCCUUCCGGAUCACCCAGCAAAUUAACCCGGUGGCGUUCCGGCUCCAACUCCCUGCCUCCUUCCGCAUUCACCCUGUCUUCCAUAGAUCACUGCUGACUCCCGCUCUCCCGCCUCACCCCUUGAGUAGUAAACCGCUGCCCCCACCACCGAUACAAGUCAACGGGGAAGAGGAAUUCGAAGUGGCGCAGAUCCUGGACUCCCGGAGGCAUCGGGGCCGCCUCCAGUACCUCAUAGACUGGCAGGGGUACAGCCCUGAGGAACGCUCAUGGGAAGAUGCGACGCAGGUGCAUGCCCCUCGUCUGGUCCAGCGCUUCCACCAGCGCUACCCGGAUAAGCCGGGCCCCGGCGGGAGGCGGAGGGUUGGUCGUGGGGCGGGGGAUAGUGUCAUGGCCCCGUCAGAGGACUCCUCAGAUGAGGACGACUCAGGAGUAACAGCAGCAGACCCAGGAGCAGCAGGAGACACGGAGGAGCCUCCUGAGAAUCCAGCUCCUUCUGCCCCUCAGCUGCAGAGCACCCCAGGGACAGCAGAGGCCCUGCAGCCAGACACAGACAGUGAACAGGAUACUCCCCCCUCACCUGCAGAAUGUAGACAGCAGAAGGUCAGGCAGAAGAGAGGCAGGCCUGUCUCCUUAAGGCCCAAACGUUGA